UACAGGAACUAAGUGAUCUGCAGCGAGACCCACCGGCCCACUGUUCUGCUGGACCUGUGGGAGAUGACUUGUUUCAUUGGCAAGCAACAAUUAUGGGACCUAUUUGUACAGGUCACAAAGAUGUUGUGUGUUUUAAAACUCCCUGAUGUCAUCAUGAUCAACUGAAUUAUGUUGGAAAAUCCUACUCUUUGCACCUGCAAAGAGAAACCACUUCUUAAGCCUGAUAGUGCAUAUCAAGGGGGAGUAUUUUUUCUCACAGUACACUUUCCAACAGACUAUCCUUUCAAACCACCAAAGAUUGCUUUUACAACAAAAAUAUACCACCCAAACAUAAACAGUAAUGGGAGUAUUUGUCUUGAUAUCCUGAGGUCGCAAUGGUCACCAGCUCUGACUGUAUCGAAAGUUUUAUUGUCCAUAUGCUCCUUACUUUGUGAUCCUAAUCCAGAUGAUCCUUUAGUACCGGAUAUUGCACAGAUCUACAAGUCAGACAAGGAAAAAUACAACAGACAUGCGAGAGAAUGGACUCAGAAAUAUGCAAUGUAAACUUGUGAAGACUUUUUCAUAUACCACAGAGUACUGUAAAUUCUAGUUUUUUUCAAAAUUAGAAGGAAAUGGAGCACAGUUUACUGUUUCAAUGUAUUGUGAUGCCCCUCAAAUUUUUUUCACCCAUGUUAAGUGUGUUUCUGGAGCAAGGGAGAGCAAACUUCCAAAAAUAACCUUAUGACUGUGAUAAGAAUAUUUAUCCUCUUUGUAUGCUUUGCAGAAGACAUUUAUUAUGGUUUUUAAGAGUUGGACAUCUGCAUCUUCAAGACUAUGAGAUCCAUAAUGCAGUUGUAAAGCAACCAAAUUAUUUUUGCUGGAAAAAGUAGCUGGUUUUAUGUGAUGAAUACUGUAUGUGUGUCCUUAAAGUACAUUGUCUGUUUAUAAGUGUGUUCAAGUUUCAUUUUGCUAGUUCACUUCUAUAAUUUGUAUUUUUUUACUGUAUAGACUAAAUAUUUUAUUUGCCAUGUAAGUCAUUUCAUUUUAGACUUGCUUGUGCACAGUAUUGACAAGAUACAACUGCUAGUAAUUAAAAUAAUUGGAGUGUCCCACCCGUUAGGAUAUUCUAAAGACUGCAGAUUUCUGAAAACUUAAAAUUAUCUUUGCACUGUAAUUAUUUUGUAUGCUAAUUAUAGAGAAACACUUGUUUUUGAUUCUGUUGCAUACUUGACUUAAUUUUAUUGCAAUGUGAACUAAUUGCACUGCUAUGUAGAAAGAUAUGUAACUGUUUUGUUGCUAUUCACAACUGAUUUUUGACAUGUGGGCAACAUAACACUAUCACAGACCUUUUACAAAUUUAAAUGUAGCCUUUUCCGUAUAAAUAAAAUGCAUUUUCUACU